AUGUUUGUAGUCGACUUACGGAGGUGUCGACUCGAUACUGACGACCGUCCUUUUCCUGGUGCACAGCUCGUCCCCGAUGCAAUUGCAAGCCCGCGGAACAUAAAAUCCCCCGGUCGCCCCGAACCGGGUACCCCGACCCCGCCCCCGAACUCCGCUCUGACCUCUCCCCCCCCGGCUCCCAGCGCUCUUGCCUUUGCCCCACGCCAACAGAAACGGCUCCCCGACUCUGCCCCACGCUCCGCUUUUGCCUCUCCCCGGACCACCAAACCGGCUCUCCAAAACCCCCCAACACCGCUCUGGCCUUUCCCCCGGUCACAAGAACGGGCACCCCGCCCCCACCCCCAACGACCGCUCAUUGCCCCCAGCCUCGACCGCCGCUGUGGCCUCUCUCGCGAGCAAUCGAACCGGCUCUUGGACCCAGACCCCAACCAACCGUUGGCCUCUCUCCCCGGUAACCAGGUCCAACUCCCUGGUCCCGCCCCCGAUUGCCGCUCGACCUCUCCCCCGGUUGCAAGAACCGGGUACCCUGAUCCUGUGCCCGACCGCGCCCUGGCAUCUCACCCCAGUCCCAACAACCCCGCGGGUCCCCGCCCCUGGCUCCCCGACCUCGCCGCCGACAACCGCUCUGGUCCCGCCCCCCUUACCGCCGUUGUUCUCCACCACCUGCGCGCCGCCAACGACGGCGCCGUCAUCGACGCCAUCGUCUACCUCAGCCGCCAAGUCUGCGGACACGUCAGCGAGGUGGGAAGUGACAAUAUCGAAGGGCUGGAGCCACCGGCAACGCAAAUUUACCAGCUGGAGCGCUACGUCCGCAAGGCCACCGCCGUGCAUAAGGUUGUACUUAUACAAAUCGCGUCAGCGGCGUCGGCCUAA